AUGUUUCCUCCACGUCCUGUUCGCCAAGUUGGUAGCCUCGGCCCUAAUGUCCCUACUGUUGGGUUUGGAGCCAUGGGAAUGAGUGUUGGUUAUGGCCAGACCAAAUCCAACGAGGAGAAACUGAAGCUUCUGGAUCGUGCUUGGGAACCAGGCUGCACCAACUGGGACACUGCAGACAUUUACGGAGAUUCCGAAGACACCAUUGGCAACUGGUUCCGUCUUCAUCCGGAACGCCGCAAAGACAUCUUUCUUGCCACAAAAUUCGGUCUCUGCCCUCGCAACAACAGCAUAACCGUAGAUUCCAGCCCUGAAUACUGCCACGAAGCCGUUGAGAAAAGCCUCAGUCGCCUGGGAGUGGACCAGAUUGACCUGUUUUAUCUGCAUCGCGCGGAUCCAAUGGUCCCUAUCGAGAAAACAACUGCCGCGAUGAAGCAGCUGGUUGAGCAAGGCAAAGUAAGGCACAUUGGCUUGUCCGAAGUGUCGUCAGGCGCGCUGCGUAGGGCCCACGCAAUACAUCCCAUUUCUGCCGUACAGGUGGAAUAUAACCCGCUGACCCUGGACAUUGAAGGGCCCAACGGUACCUAUUUAAUGAAAACCUGCAAGGAACUUGGCGUGGCAAUAUUCGCUUAUGCACCUCUCGGUCGUGGCUUGUUGAGUGGUCGUUACCGCUCCUUGGGUGACCUCGACUUUGACGAUAGUCGACGUACUCUGGGGCGCUUUCAAGAGCAAAGUCUUUACAAAAACCUGAGACUUAUUGACAGGCUCUCUGAGGUUGCCCAUCGGAAAGGGUGCACUCCAUCUCAGUUAAUACUAGCUUGGUUAAUCCGCCAAAGCGAGAACAUCUUCGUCAUCCCUGGCACCAAAAGCGUAAAAUAUUUAGAGGAGAACUUUGCUGCAGCGGGACUUACAGUGACAGAUGCUGAACAGCAGGAGAUUAGAGAGUUGACCGACAGCAUAGAAGUUGAAGGAGACAGGAAUGCCACGUUUGGCCAAUUUGUCACGACCGUUCCGGUCUAG